AGCAGCCAGCCGGCAGCCCCAGCUCCGGCGACCUCCCUGCCGCCGCAAUUUGGGCGGUGGGGACCGCGAGACCCACCCCCCAGCGCCGUUCGGGCCUAGGGGGCGCCUUCACCACGCCCUGCCCCUGCUCCUCCUUGCUUCCCGGACGGCUGGACCGACUCCCGGGGGAAGCUGUUCCCGGUCGCUCGGCCGCCGCCCGGGCAUCUAGGCAGCCAGCCCGGCUGGGCACCGGGCAUCUGCGAAGCUAGCCCUGCCUGGCAGUGGGCAUCUCCGGGCACCGACUGUCUCUGGCGCCGCACAGCUUCUCGCAACCGCGGGGCCGCGGACUUCUGCGCGCCCUCCCCUCCCCCGGCCGCCCGGCAGGACGCCCGUGAGCUCCCGGCGCCCCCAGCCCCUCUGGCCGCCGCCGCCGCCGCGAUGCUGCCCUGGAGACGUAACAAAUUCGUGCUGGUGGAGGACGAGGCCAAGUGCAAGGCGAAGAGCCUGAGUCCGGGGCUCGCCUACACGUCGCUGCUCUCCAGCUUCCUGCGCUCCUGCCCGGACCUGCUGCCCGACUGGCCGCUGGAGCGCCUGGGCCGCGUGUUCCGCAGCCGGCGACAGAAAGUGGAGCUCAACAAGGAGGACCCGACCUACACCGUGUGGUACCUGGGCAACGCCGUCACCCUGCACGCCAAGGGCGACGGCUGCACCGACGACGCCGUGGGCAAGAUCUGGGCGCGCUGCGGCCCGGGCGGGGGCACCAAGAUGAAGCUGACGCUGGGGCCGCACGGCAUCCGCAUGCAGCCGUGCGAGCGCAGCGCCUCGGGGGGAUCUGGGGGCCGCAGGCCGGCGCACGCCUACCUGCUGCCGCGCAUCACCUACUGCACCGCGGACGGGCGCCACCCGCGCGUCUUCGCCUGGGUCUACCGCCACCAGGCGCGCCACAAGGCCGUGGUGCUGCGCUGCCACGCCGUGCUGCUGGCGCGGGCGCACAAGGCGCGCGCCCUGGCCCGCCUGCUCCGCCAGACCGCGCUGGCGGCCUUCAGCGACUUCAAGCGCCUGCAGCGACAGAGCGACGAGCGCCACGUGCGCCAGCAGCACCUCCGCGCCGGGGGCGCAGCCGCCUCAGUGCCGCGCGCCCCGCUGCGCCGGCUGCUCAACGCCAAGUGCGCGUACCGGCCGCCGCCGGCCGAACGCGGCCGUGGGGCGCCGCGCCUCAGCAGCAUCCAGGAGGAGGACGAGGAGGAGGACGAGGCCGUGCAGGAGCGCGAGGAAGGAGCCCCCCAGCUCGAGCGGCCCGAGGUGCUCAGCCUGGCCCGGGAGCUGAGGACGUGCAGCCUGCGGGGCGCCCCGGCGCCUCCGCCGCCCGCGCAGCCCCGCCGCUGGAAGGCCGGCCCCAGGGAGCGGGCAGGCCAGGCGCGCUGAGAGCGGAGGGGGCAGGACUCGCGGCCCCAGACCCGGCCGGCCUGAUUUACAGCCUCCAACCCCGGCCGGCCCGCUUCGGCUCCCCCUGGCCCCCCGGCCCUUGCCUCCCUCGUGGUCUCCGUUGUGUCCGCCUCGCGCCUCAUCCUGACUCAGGGUGACGCCUGAUAUGCCCUUGAUCAUUGGGGGACGAGAGGGAGGAGCAGCAGUAUUCGGCGUUCACCUCACCCCCAUCCAGAGUGUCUGGGCUCCCUCCAUUGCGGAAUUGCCCCCUACACUUUACACCAAGCCUCUUUGCCCAUAGACUACCCCUUCCCUCCCAAAACAAUCUCUCAAGAGAAGGAGGGAGAGGUUUCCAGAAAUCCAGGAGGGUGGCCUUGGGCCUUGGCCAGGUGGAGGCAGUGGCCUUGCCCUUGGCCAGUCUAGCCUUCCUCCCUGGGAUGAGACUGACCCUGGGGAGGCAUUCUUGUAGCGAAGAAUAAUGGAGAACUCAGGCCAGGCCCAAAGUGGGAACUGAGUCUGCUGCCAUACACCCAAGGAAGAAUUCUCAGGCCUUAUGCCUGGCCUCUCUACCCCUUGGAGGACUUCUGGGACCUCACUGCUCUGCUCUGGAGAAGACUGGGAUGGUCCCACCCACCCAAACAGGUUAGGCCAGGUAACAGCUCUCUGUGCCAGGCAGCUGCCCACCUGUGCCCUAGUACCGGCCACCCCCACAGGACUCACCACCCACCCUGUCUCGGCAGACAGAUGUGUGUGGUGCCCCACAGCGACGACCAAGAUGAGGCCUCCAGAGGAGGUAAGGAGAACCUCUGGCAGGUGGUCAAGGACACUGACUACCCAGAAAGUGGACACGGGGGGUGCCCCCAAGUCGAGUCUUGUCAGAGCGGGAGGGUCCUGACAGCAGCUAGAUUCUCAUUAGCAGGGUGAGGAAGGAGGGUGAGGUAGCCCAGCAGAGAGAGUGGGCCCCGGCCCAAGUGUCUCAACAAGGCCACCAAGAGCCCAAAGUUCUCUGUAAAGGACUGAUCAUUGUAAAUAAAGUGGACCUGCUUUCUCAGCCUUGUCACCGCUCCUGUGUUGUGUUUGAUGCUAGGCCUGCUGGGGUGAAAGGCUUAUCGUCAGAACCCUAAAGGGCAAGAGAAGACCCCAGGGAGUAGCCCCCUUUAGCAGCUGGCACCAACUCUCAAGUUGGGGGUGGGGGCAGGGUUGCUGCCAGGAAGCUGUUCCCUUAAUGUCAGGGGAGGAGACAGGAGCAGGUGCCUUGUCUGAAAAUCACAUGUGCCAAGGCUUGGAAGGGUGUCAGCUGUCUGUCUUGGCCUCCCAAAAUGUCUGUCCGCCUGGGCACUCAGACGCACGUGUCCCUGGGACAUUGGCAGGGAGGGGACACUGGGCUGGGGACUUCUCAUCAGCCACGUAUCUUCGAGAAGAUUCACGUGUUUGUCAAAGCUUGUGAUAUACACUGUGUCUCCUCGGGGAUGAGAAGGGAGGCAGGUUGUCAAGAGAGAGGUGGGCAGAGGAGCUGGAGAAAUCUGUGCAGACCUUUGUGACAGUGUAAUCUGCUUUAUCCCUGUGCUGAGCUGGGCACUGAUCCCAGAGUUAUCCGGAGCCCAGACGAGUGGCCUCUGCAAUUGCCAGUGAUCAGGAUUGUUCUGUUUCCUGGAGCUGCUGGAACAGAGGGUACCACUGCCACUUCACCCUGGUGGAACCAGCGCACGGUCAGGGGACUUUGAAGGAGAGAGCUGGGGUUGACUUCACAUGUUUGGGGAGGAUGAGGGGCGUGUUACAAGGACCCACCAGGCAAGGAUGCCCUGCGUGUUCAUUGCUCCCCUCCUACACAUGCCAGGUGUUGUGUUGAUGUUUGUCUCAUGUGCAGAAGAAGAGGAAAUGGGAAGAUACCUGACCUAGGAGAGGAGGAUGGGCUGCAAGGCAGCCACCGGUGUUUGAGACAACCUGACCCAGCAACAAGGUGACGAGCACAGCCUCUUUAAUCAGAUUCACGAAGCAGAUGUUGACUAAGCUCCUGCCUUGGGACAGGCACUGAGCUAGGCUCUGGGGGUCCAGGAGUCCCUCCCAUGUGGCUCUUACAUUCUCAAGUAAGAUGCAGAUAUUUAAAGGAACAGUUGCUAUAUAAUAAUUCACAGGCAUGCUCCCAGCCUCGGCCCCUGCCCCUCCACUUGACUCUGGCAGCCUCCCAAAACAGACAGACAGACAGACAGAC